AGGGGUGAGAGAGAGAGAGAGAGAGAGAGAGAGAGAGGUGAAUGUGCACAGCAUCAUAGUUCUUAUGCAGGGCAGACAUAAGUUUAAGUGUUUGCACUCUGACUGUCAACAGAUUUCAGCACAGUGUUCAGAGAGAAGUAGUAGACAGGACAGCGAUAUUACAGCAGAAGAGAGGAGGACAGAAAAAAGAGAAAGGAAAGCCACAUCUCAUUCCCUGAAAAAUCAUUUCUUCACCAUGACCGUUUCGACAGCAAAGAUGAAACUGAUGAUGUCUCUGGUGGUCAUGGCAUUUUUGGCUCCAUGCCUCGGAACGAGCAAUGAACUGGAUUAUGGGAACUGGAACUACAGAGAAGGAGCGGAGAAUGUGAACGUGGCUAACAUACGCAGCGUGACUCGAGUGUUGGACGCCUGGGGCAAACGCAUUUUCAAAGAUAUCAAGACUCUGUUACACUCACAACCCAAUGCCCUCCUGCCAGACUACUCCAGGGUUCGCCCUCUCUCGGAGUCCCUAAAUGAUCUCUUCAGAGAAGUCUCCCACUUACAGAGGCGCAUCACAGAUCUUAACCAUCGCCUAGCAACCCUGGAACCCUUCCUCCGUCAUCAUGGUUACCGUGAGGAGGGGGAGGAAGGAGGGGAAGAACUGGCUCCUCGGAGCGUGGGACCGAGUCAAGCAAAGUAUCCACGGCGGUACAUGGUUCGAGUGGUCCGUCCUGCCAACAGGGUAGUGAGAACCAGACGAGUAAAAGUGUUCAAAAAUGAAGAUGGAAGGGUUAAAGCAAGCGAGAGUGAGAGUGAGAGGUAGAGGGGCAGAUGAAACAUUUGCAGAUAGUAUAAUCAAAUACAUUAAUGUUAUUCAGGAAACAUCCUUUAUAUUAUGGAUAAAAUAUAAUUCACAUAUUAGAAAUGUCAGUAUGCUAUUCAAGUGUGCGUUCAUUUUUUUAAUUACAUUUUUUUUGUCUGCGCUCCUUCACGUUUGGCUCUCAAAGGUGCGAUUAAAGUUCCCUGGCAGAAAAGUGAAUGCUGGGAACGUUGAUUGUGGAAAACUUCCCCAGCAGGAUAAUACCAAAUGAGAUCAAAUAUUUUUUGGUGGAGAAUCUUCAGUUGAAUCAUUGGUAUCAAGAGAUGUGUAUGACAGGAAUAAAAUCGGGUGAAUAAAUGUUAAUACUUUAAAAUAUAA